UGACUGUAAAUUUCGUACUUCCCGCGCCUGCAAAAUGCUUGAAAGGUACGCGCGCGCUUUCGUUUCACGAUUGCUCAACUGCGUUGUGCUGCCAUCUUAAUAAAGCGGCUUUGUGUCGAUACCGUUGAGUUUAUCCCAAAAUUUGGGGAUUCUUAUACAAUCUCGUAUUAAUUUGGUUACCUUAAGAUAAACAAUCGUGCAUUACACCUUUUAGAUGUGAUUAAAUGUGAAUUAUAUCCGUUUUGAAAGCGAAGCAAGUCCCGAGGAAGCAAUGCGUAAACUGCAUGGUGUAAUUUGCAAUGACGCACAUUAAAUGAACGCUAUUGUAAUUUUAGGUCAUGUUAGAGCAUUUUUUUAGAAAAGAACUUGUGCUGUAAAGUUUAUUGUGUACGGUGUAAACAUGGAGUCGACCGAUACAAUCGUUAAAAGUCCCGGAAGGUUAAGAACCAAGUCUACCAGGCGAUCCACAAGCCCAAACGAAAGCAAUGUGAAUCUUAACGGAGAGGAUGAUACGGCCGAGCUUAAGAAGGCGUUGGAAGAUAAAGAAGAUGACAUCUUCGAUUCUUCAACAGAAGAGAGCCUUUCGGGGGAGCAGAAAAGCGAAGAAUUAGAUGAAAAAGCUAGACGUGAAUCCAAACCUGCGAAAGGAAGGAAGAGGAAAGCUAGCGAAAUGAAAUCAUCAGACGAAAAUAUGUCAGACGAGCCUCCUACUAAAGAUAAACCUGCACCAAGAGAAGACGAAGACAAAAUGGAAACGGCCCCCGAAGAAGAGGGGUCGAAAUCUGAUGACAAAAAUGUGUCCGAUACUACCUCAGAUAUGGGUAUGUCUCUCGAUAUGAAAUCGGAUACUCAUACGCUGGGAAAGGGCAAACGGGCUCGAGUCCCUAAUAAACGCUACAGCGAUUUCCCAUUAAAGUCAACGCGUCUGUCACAAUCAGAGCUAAUUGACGAAUUAGAGAAGAGACCGAAUUUAGAAAAUGGCGAAGCGAAAGACAGUACGGAUCACGACGUCAACCUCAACGUCGACUUAAAAGACGAUUUAUCAGAGAAGUCGAGCGUCGGUAGCCCCAGCAUCGCUUUAAAAACGAAUUCCAGUUUACGCGCUAAUCGCACCGGAAGCCCUUCGACGCCCACAAUGAAAAAAUCCAAGCCAACCGUCGAUUUAUCCAACCCGUGCUACUUAAAACCCUUUAAAUACGGCUGGAAGCGCGAGUUAGUAUACCGUGCCACAAGCGAUUUUAACACGAACAAACGAAACGGCGACAUCUAUUACUACACGCCGAACGGCAGAAAAGUGAGAUCGAUGCGCGAAGUCUCGGAAAAUUUAAAGAACAAGGAGCUGACUCUCGACGAUUUCACCUUUUUCAAGGAACCUCUCGGUAUCGACGAUCCUGAAAAGGAGAUUAUUCGGGACGCCAAGAUGAAGUCCGCAUCGUCCACACCACUGAUGGUGAAGAAGAGUACGCCAAAAGUGACGAGGACGCCGAAGGUGAUGAGUCCGAAGCCGGCCGCCGUCGCCGAAUCGCCAGUCGAUUCGUCUACCAAGGCAAAAUCUCCUCGAAGGGCAUCGUUUAAGGUAAAGUUGCCGUCGCGGGGCGGCGUCCAAAGCAAACCAAAGUUGGAGAAAAAGGCGUCUAAAAAUGAUUCCGACAUGGACAUUGGCACAUAUCCUCCUAAUUGGAGUUCGCCGGUUGCAAAAAAAGCAAAUAAAACGCCUACUAGUUUGAGCACUACGGAUAAGCCGUGUCGGCCAUGCUCCAUUCGCUGCCAAGGAGUAUCGGGGAUUAUUCCCACGCUACAAUGCCGCAUUUGCCUUUGUCUCUACCAUUAUGAGUGCGUCGGCCAGUCCCCACUAUCUGCAAUUCAAGGCUAUGUGUGCAAGAAUUGUCAGCUGGAACAAGACCCGAACACAGGCUGUACAUCUACAGUUGCACCUCCUCCUCCCCUCACUCCUAUCAAUGCCCUCAAAUCUGUACAUACCCAACCCACCACCUUACCUAAACUUCAACGAAUACCGCGCUCAAACGAAUCUGACACCGAUUUGAAACCAACUCCACAACCUGUGGAGGAACCACCCGAGUUUCCCCCAACUGAAUUACCACGUUUAACUCCGCGACCCACUCUUUUACCUAAGACAUCUACUUUCACCGCUACUUCUGAUAAAGUUACCAUACCCCCCUUGCAAAUAGAAAAAAACAAAAGCAUCGUAGGUUCAGUUACAACGUGGUUCCCCUCCAGUUCCACGAUUCAAGUGAAUGCCAGUAAUAACCCCACAUCGAUAUCUGAAAAUAUUUUAGUGGCCCAGCAACGUCCACAACACGUGGAAUUUUUGGGGACUAAACAAUUUUUAAUAAUUCCCAAGCAAAACAUUCUGGCAAUCUGUCCCACAUUUCCGACGAGCGCGACCGCUCUUACAAGAAAUAAACAGGUAGAUCACGAUGCUCAACUCAAAGUUGCGGCCGAGGGCUCGACGGAGGUCGCCAGCACCCCCGAUUCCGCCAGUUUAGGUCCUCCUGUUGAAGUUUCCUCGAUCAAAACCGAACCUGUGUCGCCCCUAAAAUCCUCCGAUCCCGCUCCCACCCCCGCUCAAGAGCCGAUGGAGGUACAAUCCUCUGAAUCUGAUCAGAUUCGAGACGAUUCUACUGCACAGAAGAGACCCGAGGAGAAUCCGGAUGAAGAUCAAGAAGCGAAGAAGAAGAAACAAAAGGUGAUCCCUACAUCACGUUCGGAAUCGGAGACAGAAGAUUUCAAAUUCAUGGAUAGCUACUUACAGAACGUCGCCUACGGUUACAACACACUACUUUACGUAUUCCAAUAUCUGAAAGUACAAGAUCUGCUGAGGGCAAGCUGCGUCUGCUCAAUGUGGAGAGAUAUCGCGAGUCAUUCCAUGCUUUGGAAAACCGUGCGUAUGAAAAAUUCGCAAAUUCACAAUUUCGGAGGUCUGGCUGACGCCCUCGAGAAGCACGGUACCGUCCAUCUAGACUUGCGGAAGAUGUUGCUGCCGAACACGAGCGGCGACGACAUCUGGCAGGAGUUCACGCGCGAAAUCGCCAAGGUUAGUUCGCUGAGAAAAAUCGAACUUUGUCGGUGUCCGGCCUUUGUCGUCGAACAGCUGCCGAUAACCAACCCAAAACUUCAAGUAAUAAAUUCGGUUACAAUCAAAUGCGAAACCAUGAGUCUCGCGCCGAUGGUCCACGUGAAGGAGUUGCAGGAAUUGCGUCUGAAAUCGACGGCCGGUUUCGCCCUCACUUCGGAUUUAACCGCACUUUCGGAUCUUACAUAUUUAAAACACUUAUCCUUGACAUCGAUUAAGGAAUUGAAUAAACUAAACAUUGACGUGAUCGCGGAUCUCAGAAACCUCGAGUCGUUGGAGUUGGGGGAGUGCACCGACUUUCCAAAGAAUUUCGGCAGUGAGAUACUGACCAGGCUUACGAAGUUGGAGAAGCUACGUCUGGAAAAGGGUCAAGGUAAUUGUUAUACUUUUGAAAUUUUGGAGGCCGUUAAAAACAUGGCCCACCUAUAUCAAUUGGAGCUUGUAAAUUUUGAUAUCAAACCUGGAUUCGACUUGGCGUUAGGCGCGUGUCCCAACAUUAAAAAGUUGCUUAUAAUACCAACGUACAUCUCUCAAAGCGCAACAACUAAUCAUAUGGUAUUGGGUGGUGUCCUAAGGUUACAAAGUACAUUGUCACAGUUUGUAUGGGGCGUCACGUUAGAGUUAUUACGAGUCACCGAAUUAUUCGUUGAUCAGUGCGAGGAAGACAAAGAGAAGAAGGAGAAACGACCGAUAGCUAAUGGAGACAGUAUACCCGUAUUGAAACCGGUUCCUUUGGCAAGGGAAGGAAUGGCUGCUGAAAUAUUACCCGCCCAGGAACCUCCACAAGUAGAAAUUUUGCCACUCCCCAAUCUGCAAAAGUUGCUCUUAUCGAGUCUGCCCACAACUCGAGUGAAGAUCUUAAAAAUACCUUUCCACGCUACCUGGAGACAGAGCAUACACGAUUCGGUGAACUAAGUAGCAUCUUAUUUUAAGUGUAGGUGUACUAUUAAUUUUAAACGUUUAUUUUAUUUUGACCAUUAGCUAACAAACUGUACGAGAAGUAUGAAAAGUGAAUGAUUUUUUUUCUUGAAAUGUAUAUUAUUGUUGACUUUGUACAAAGAAAAUGUCAUGUAUCACAUUUUCAAAUUAGAAAACUUGUCUCGAGAUCCAAAGUUUGAGUACUUGUUAUGUAAAUUGAUAAGAUUUCUACCUUGACAAUGUGUUUGUAGGGUAUUACAAACUACAGCGUAAGAUUUACAGUUUGGUUGUAUCUUCUAAAUUAUUGACUUUUCAAUAAAUUUUAUAAGUAAGCAAAUGGUGCCGGUGUCAUUAACUUA